UUAUGGAAAUUACCACAAUAUCAAACAACGAGAUAAAACCACCACGCAGAAUAAUAAACGCUUGUAAUACCUGCCGUGAGCCCAUUUACGAAGGUGAGCCAAUUUAUAGUAGUUCACGAGAUAAGCAAACAGGUAAAUCCGGCGGUCUUUACGGAGGAGCGGGUGGACAAGUUCCUCUGAUGAGUAGUCAAGGAGGUGUUGGCGGUGGAGUUUAUGGUGGCAGUUUCGGUAGCGAUACGAGCGGGGAAAUUCAGUGGGAACUGGUGAUAAUAGGAAAGGAGAAAUUACCGAAAAUUGAGUGCAAUGCAACUGGAGCAGCAACUUGGGCUUAUCUUCAUUUCCGGGAAGAAAAUGCUAGAAAGGCUAAUUUUAACUUUCGUGGUCUCUUAGACAAAAAAAUUCCCGAAGAA